GCUUCAGCAGGAGCAUCACCAGCAGCAAACACCACCCAGGAGAUAAACUAAAGAGAAAACCUCGUCCGCCUCUUUCUGCUCGACAUCCCUGCAGCUUCAGAACAAGACACUAAACUGUGACACAAUGAAAGUUGCCGUUGUUUUCAUCCUGCUCUUCGCCACAGUUCUCUGUCGGCCGGCGAGGAAAGUUUCUAUAAACAGUUCAGAGAGCUCCGAAGAGGUGGUGAGACGACCGGCCGCCAGGAAGCAGGCAGAAUUGGUUUCCCAGACCAAUGCAGCACCUGUCCAGGCAGCUGCCUCCGCCUCAGACGAGAGCAAGGGGAGUUCAGAAGAGGGGGCAGCAGUGGCUCCAGCAGCGCAAGACAAAUCCAGCAGCCCAGACCCGACCCCGACCUCAGAUACGACCGACAGCCAGGACAGCGAGGAUGAUGACGAUGAUGAUGAAACAGAGGAGACGGAAAGUGAGGAGGAGGAAGAUGAGUCCAGCGACAGCUCAGAGUCUGGCGAGUCCUCCACCCCGGCUCCCGCCACCGUCAGCCCCACGGUCGUCACAGAGGAGCCCGUGUUUGAAACCACAGAGGAUCCCUUCCUGCCGACCAUCGUCACCGACCCGGAAACAGCCCGUGGCGACAACUUGGGAGGUUACCCCAGCGAAUACAAAUCCAUCGUCUACGUGGAGGACAAGUCCUACCACAAGGUGCCCUCUCCCUACAAGUCCUGGGAGUACGUCAACACCGGGAAGAAAAUGGCCUAUGACAUGACCGACGGCAACGAGGUGGAGAAGUCACUGUCGGUGUAUAAGGCUAUUCAGGUCCACUCUGAUAUCCUGGAGGAGGACACCAGCACCCCUGAGAUGGAGAGCCAGGGCCUGGACGCCUCUCAAGACCAGGAAAUCACCCCCCGCCAGGCCUCCAUUCCAGGAGAGGAGGACGAGAGCGCCAGCGAUGCCACAACCAAUGACAGCUCAAGCGCAACACAGGAAGAGGAAGACGAGACCACCAGUGCCUCAAGCGACAGCACCAGCACGGAGUCCGAGGACGAGGAGAACAGCGAGGAGGCCACGGCCACGCCCGGAGCCGCGGACAGUGACUCUGACGAGAGCACGGAGAGCGAUUCAGAUGAGGAGGGGGCCGCACCUGACGCUACCACCGAAAUGCCAACGGUCAUCACUGCCAAAUAAGCACCACCCAGCCAGGAAAUGGGGUGGAUGGCGUCACAUCACAUAAAGAUGUGGGCACGCUGCCUCCAGGUGCAAAAAUACCAACAACACUCCACAACCUCUUUCCACUGCCGGGCCAAACAGGAACUGAAAAGGCUUGAUUAUUAUUGAUUAUGUUUCUGUGGUUAUUUGUUGUUGAAGCAGAAAUGCAGUUAAAUAUAUUUUACUUGACUUGGAAACCACCAUGUUUGACUCUGCAGGGAGAAAGUGGGAAAGAUACGACUGCUGCCUGCAACAGGAAGUUGACUGACCUCGUGACCUUUGUCCCGUCGCCUCUCCGCUGCGUUACUGCAGGGUCCGAGGUCAAAACUGCAAAAAGAGCAAAGACACAAACUUGAGUUCUGAGAUCUACACUAGCACAACACUGCAUUUAAUCAAGACUUAACAACUGCAAAGUCCAGUUUAAUAUUUAUAAUCAUUUGAAGCAUAUUAACAAAAAUAAAACUUGUCAUUAAGUCA